AUGUUUGGCGCAACGCCAAAAAGUACUGUAGGUGGGAAAACAUGUUUCUUUUUCUGUUUCGAAAUUCAUGCGAAAGUUUGAAGGGUGAUGUUUUUUUGUGAAAUAACAGGUCCGCAAUUAUGCGUCAGUAUUUUCAAUGAACUAUAAAAAUACUUAAAAGUUAGCUUGCGAAUUCCGAGAGAAUUACACAGAAAUCAAUUAUUAGUGCGAUAGAGCAAACUUUAUUUUAAAAAAUAGUUUCGAAAAGUGGAACCUUUUUGGGGCGCCUUGUUCUUAUUAAAGUUUUAAGUGAGAAGGUUCCUUGAAGAAAUACAAAUCAUUGUUUGGUUAUACAUAGUGAAAAGGUCAUAGGUUGAAUUUCUUAUGCAUUUUUGAUUUUUCAAUUUUCACGUCAUUCAUUUAUUCAUUGUUCAAAAGUUCAAUCCUAAAUUUAGAAGACGUGGGCCAACAAAAGCUGAAAAUUAAAACAACAAAAGCGUAGAAUGAGAUUUAAUUAAAAAACCAAAAAAUAAAACGUUUACGUAAAUAAAUUAUUCCAGAGACUCGAAAAUGCAAUUUUGGAAUGUGAUUUUAUGCGAAAAUGGCCGGGAUUGUCGAUGGAAACAAUGCGACAAGAAUUGAAACAAUUAUUUGAUUUGGUGAGCGAAAAUGAAGGGGGAUUACCGUUUUUUGUUUUUGACAUCCUUGAGACGAAAUGGAAAAAACACAAAUCUGGGAAUUUUUUUCUGGAUGAACAGAACGGAGAAAACAUCAGGGAACAGGAUUUGGAUUUGGAUUUAGAUUUGAUUCAAGAUUAAGCUUAAGCCUAACAUAAGAUGUCUGUAGUUCUUUUGAUCGGAUGAUUUGAUUGGUUUUGAAAUCAAGAAAUUUUUUCGUACGCUUACAAUUAGGAUAAUGAAUUUUUAUUUUUAAAAAAUAGAGCAAAAAUAGAUUCAUUUCAAAAUUUAAAAAAAACAAUUUUUUUAGUCAUCAAAUUCUUGCUCAACAAUAUCUGAUUCUCAUACACGUGCCUUUGAAGUGAUGUUGGUUCUCGAAGCGAAAAGAGCCUAUGAUGAACGACUUGCUGGAUUAUUUUGUGGUGAUUGGUUUAAUGUUGAUAGCCCAAGAGAUGUUAUGACAAAUUUAACUGAACCCGGAAGAUAUUUGGAGCCUACUGUAAGUAUAAUCCUUUUUUUCUAUUCUUACGAAAAAUGAUGUGAUAUUUAUGAUAUCAGCUGUCUCUUUCUUUUUUUUUUUGGAAAAAAAUCAGAAACAAAUUUCAGCUUAUGUGGAAUUUGAUCUCUCGAAUCAGCGCGGUUUCAAUUGAUCUUCUCGAUUGUCGACAAUUAUCUGAAGCUCCUGAAGUUUAUCGAUUUUCAUCGUCGAAAAACUCUCCGACAAUUACGUGGCUUCAACUUGGCGCAACUUCACCUCUUCCACUUUUUUAUAUCCCAGAUGAUAUUGAAUAA